CAAAUGUAUACUCAGGUGUGUCUGGAGACGGCGGAGGCGAUGACGUAAAGCUAUAUAAGCCUCAACUUGACAGGUAGACGGACAAGGACUGGCUAAGACUGAACCAACUUUCGUCAGAUAAGAAGUAAGAAAACCAAGAAAAAUGAACCCAACUCUUCAAGUAACGCUAACCAUCUUCACGGCUACCCUCAUGUUCUGUUCAACGACAGGUGACCUGCAGUUUUUGUGGGGAGAAAAUCAAGAGUACAACUCUAUGUGCAAGUACAACGACACAUGGGCUGUUCCCCUGGAUGAUUCUAAAUGUGACCAAACUAGAUUUCUCCUCUGUGACCAAGAUAAAGCCAUCUGCUUGAUGUCUUGCCCCGAAGGUUGGAAGAUCGACAAAAACUUGCGAUACUGUGUACCGGAGGAUCAAGUGGCGCCUCUACCAAACUGUGUCCCAAUUGAGCCAACAAUUCCAACAUUCUGUGACGGAACAUUUACUGGGUUCAUUCCAGUCAACGGAACUUGCAAGAAGUACAUUUGGUGUGUCAGCGAGAGAUCAUACGUAAUGAACUGCCCCAAAUUAUCCUUUUUUAUUCCCAAAUCCCGAGCCUGUAUCUAUCUGACCGAACCUUACAUAAAUAAGAUUCCGAGCGAUGAACUGGUCAGGUGUAACAGAAUGGAUCCUUACAAGGCUGUGGAUUUUGAAGCUCCAAAAACAACUUCAACUCCCAGACCUUUCUAGAACAUUGUGUAACAUUUUGGAACAAGAUAUUGAUAUGGCGGCUAUCAUCUCUGUGCAAUCAAAAGAAACAUUUAUUGAAAGAACUAAAGAAAUUUGAAGUCAAAGAAAAGAAAAUUCACCACCUUAUGUUCUAACUAGCUCUGUAACAACUUCCGGUUAGAUCAGACUAACAACAAGUACCGAACAAUAAAAAAAGACAAACUUUA